ACAGACUAUUUAAACUUUAAAACAUGUAGUGGUUGUUUAUGAUGACAUAUUAUGAUAUUCCGUACAUUUCCGUGUUUUGUCGUAUACUUAAAAAUAUCAACAAAGAAGGGUGAGGAGGGAUGUUGGAAUUGGAAGUUAUCCCCGAGAGGGGACUAACUAAUGGACGGCUAGAGCUGAUCCUUGGUAUGCCAUUGGGUGACUGUAUAGAAGUCCUAAAGUCAAGUUAUUCCACUGUCAAAGAUGUUCAACUCACCUAUAACGAAGAACAACCCUUGGAUAAAGAAAUUGUCCUUGAUUUGACAAACGAUGGCGUUAAGUUGAUAUUUGAUCAAAAAUUCCAGCGUCUCAAAAUAAUUGAAAUAUACGAUACGAAAAGAAUCACUCUCAAAUAUUGUAAUAAUGUUUUUUCAGCCCCUGGUACAGUCCCAACAUUGGAACUAAUAAGACAAUGUUUCGGUCCAACUAGAGCUGGAGAUCGUAACGUGAGACAGCAGCUUUUCCUAUUGCUAUUUCGUGGGAUUCUCUUUGUGUUUCCUCUAUGGAGCGCUGGCAGCUCAUCUCCUAUAUUUGACGCUGAUGGGCUCGAAUUCUCGGAACCUAGUGUCGAGGGUUCUCUUGUUCUAUCGAAAUUAUCAAUCUUUAGUGGGAGUAAUCCACUGGAGGCUGUUUCCCCUCCAAUACCUAUCGAGUAUUGUCAAGGUCAUUGCUUUGCAAAAUGCAUUGAAGGAGUUAGAAAUGAGGGAAGCAAUGCUGUCACAUCUCUUAGAGUGAAGAUACUUGAAACCAGUGAAGAUUUAUUACAAUCAGCUCCUGAUUCAAGCAUUAAACAACUCGAGAGAACAAUAUCAUUCAGAGACUCACCACAAGACGUAAUGAGUUCACUUGGUGCUCCUGAUAAAAUAUUCUAUAAAGACGAAGAUAAAAUGCGCAUACACUCUCAAUCUCAGAACAAGCUUCCUACCUCAAAAACAUCUGAUUACUUCUUUAAUUACUUUACUCUUGGAUUGGACAUUUUGUUUGACGGUACUUCUCAUCAGGUUAAAAAGUUUAUACUACACACGAAUUAUCCAGGUCAUUAUGACUUUAAUGUCUAUCACAGGUGUCAUUUUUCAAUAUCGUUUCCAAUCAGCAGUUACUCGCAUAAUGCCAGUAAUGAUUCCUUAUCACAAACAAUAUCAGUUACUACUUUCACUAAAUGGAGUGAAGUAGUAGAUUAUGUCUUUCAAGAUAAGCCAGAGAAGCCUGUUGUCCUAAGUCGUUCAUCCUCUACCAACAAUACAAAUCCUUUUGGCUACACUUUCUGUUACAACCAUCAUAACAUCAUAUUUGAAGUCAUGAAAAACAGUCACAUAGCAUCAGUCAUAAUCUACAGCCCUCAAUGACACAUCACUGUUCCCCUCUUUCAGUUCAAUUAUUAAAUAAUAAUAAUUAUUUUUCAGUGAUAAA